UCGCUGUUGCCGCUCUCGCGUGUGAUAGUGGAUGAUGUGUUUCUAUUAAAUGUGCGGAUAUGUCCUGGUCAAAAUAAAGAAAAUAGUAAUUGCUUUAAAAAGUCAUUCAUCCAGUGCAGAUUAGAAAACACAAACGGAGAGAGAGAGAGAAAGAGAGGGAGAGAGAGAAAGAGAGAGAAAGAGAUCUGAUUCGCACUCGAACUUAAUUUUCUUUUCCCACUGUUUAUUCAACAGCAACAAACGUUAUUUAUUUAUUUAUCUUCUUUCAACUGAGUAUCAUUCAAUUAAAAUGCAAUUCUCGUUGCCUCUUUCCACUAGUGUAUAAUUAGAUGUGAGAGGGCUGAUUCCAGUUACUUUUUUCCCCGUCUCUAGAAUUUCACCUCAAAGGCAUAUUUUUUCACAAUGUAACUUGGUGGUUAAACAAGGGCAGAUCCAUUUGUUAAUUGAUACAAUUGCGCAUUACUCGUAAUGGUCAUGUAGGUCCCGAGACAAACAUCAAUCACUCGUCUAUUGACCUGCCAAGCCCUUUACAUCCAUCCCUACAGGGACUGUUUCUCACUCUAAUCGAGAGAGAUGGGAACAUCAUCAUCAUUAACUUCUGGAUGGACCUUUCGUCGGACAAAUAGAAGCGAACAGAGGACAGACAGAAUGAGAUGCAUGACUUCACAGUUGUAUUAACCGCCAAUACAAACCAUCAGAUCUGUCAAAAUAUUCUUGAAAAUAACGUGUUUAUAUACGUCUAAAAGUUUCUGUAAUGUCAGUAUGUUUAACUGCCUUUCUUAUUUUGAUAUAUUGUCUUCAUGAAUACAAUACUGUUUAGAGUUUGUUAGCAAUGACAGAACAACAAAAUAUUGUCUACUGACACAGCACAUCAGAAUAUAAUAGUGGAUUUAAAUGGAAGACAACUGGAAUUGCUUUCAGACAGCAUUGCUGUAUUGCUUUUUAAAUAUUACGCACUUAUGCUUACUUGUGAUUUCUAUCAGUGUAGAUACAUCACGUCAACUCAGAUGUUUGUAUGCCAUCAGAGUCGUUAUUAAUGUAUACUUUCACCAGUAUGUAAGCUGUGAACAAACAACACUUCAUUCCCUGCCUCUGAGCUACAGCAAAAGCUAAUGCACUUAGUUAAAAGGACACGAGAAUGCAAAGCACACCUUAAGAAAAAGCGAUGUAAGAUGUGAUUGGCAAAGACAUUACUCUAUCCUUGCUGUCCUGCCGUUCCGGGAUUACUGUGACGUCACACUGAUACCCUUGUAUGGAUGAAUGCUAAAGAACUAUAGAGCCACAAAUAAUAGCACAAGCAGAGUCCAUAUCUUGCAAGUCUUACGUUAUCCUUUAAGCUUUCUUCAGCAGUUAGACAACAACAUUUUUUGUACUUGAUGAAGCUUAAUUUUAUUUUCUUGGCAUUUCCUCAAGGGGGAUUAUUCAUACAUAUAAAACUCUGGGCAGCUGUAAACAGCCUCAGUUUUCCCUCUUAAGUGCAAUCAUCUAUUAUUGAGCGAAAGGCCGUGCGUGGAAAUGGUGUGCAAGAAGGUGGAUUUGAAGUAGAUUUGGUUACAAUCGAUCAGUGGAGAAGAAUAUUGCUGAUGGUAACAAAAGAAGCAGCUAUGUCUUUCUCGCAGUUUGGCUAUCCUUACAAUGCAACGUCACAGUUUUUCGUGUCGGCAAACCCCAGUACGACUUGCUGCGAUUCGAUUUCCAGGUCGGUCUCUGAUGGGUCGAGCGGGUCCCAGACUGCCGCUUCCUCGUUCUGCUGUCCCUCGUACGAGAACAGACUUUUGGCAAGCACACGCACUGAGCUUAACGCUGCACUCGGGAUGUACAGUUCACCGUACGCCGCUGCAGCCGCUGCGAGCCAGAACUACGCAAACUACUUUCCAUACAGCCCGGACCCUUCAGCAAUCUAUUCAACACUGAACCCUCAAUACGAUAUCAAGGAGAGUGCUGGCGGUCUGCACACUGGGAUCACCCAACCGGCUGCCUACUACCCUUAUGACCACUCACUGGGCCAGUAUCAGUAUGACAGGUACGGCACUGUGGAUUUCAACGGGUCAGCGAGAAGGAAAAAUGCCACUCGGGAAACCACAAGCACUCUAAAAACAUGGCUUUAUGAACACAGGAAAAAUCCGUACCCUACUAAGGGGGAAAAGAUCAUGCUGGCCAUCAUCACCAAAAUGACCCUCACUCAAGUGUCCACCUGGUUCGCCAACGCCAGGAGGAGGCUAAAGAAGGAAAACAAGAUGACCUGGUCGCCCAAGAAUAAGGCAGGGGAUGACCACAAGGAUGACCUGGAUAAGACAGAUCAGGACUGUACUACCAAAGAUUCCAAAGACUGUAAGGAAGAGAAGGACCUCCACUUGAGUGACUUGGAUGACAUUGAGGAUGAGGACUGUGACAAGCUGGACAGCGACUGUGAAAAAAUCACCCAGGACGAGCAGGUGCUCCAUACGGCCAUGUCCGUGGCACCCCCAAAGAGAGACUGCAACCCCGAGCUCUCCCUCACCAGCUUCCCCACGUUCCCCUGCAACAUUAAGGGGGUGCCGAACCUCACUUCAGACUUCCUGGAGCCCAUAGCCACUAGCAAGCCGUCGUCGGGCAUUUCCACGGGCAGCGUGUCCCUGUCGCACUUCGAGAGCUCGGACAAACCUCGGAUCUGGUCGCUAGCUCGCACGGCCGCUACAGGUUGCUUGCAAGGCAGCAACAUCAGGACUGGGAACCUGGCCGUGGACUGUCAGCUGCAGGCCACCAGGCUUCCAGGGACAGGCAGUGGACAUUGCAGGGACCUGCAGGUUCUCCAGGACCCCGCUAAUAAUCUCCCCAGUGGCCCUUAUCAGGAGGGUCCACUAACAGCAGCACCACCACCAUCGCACAACAAGGUCUAUCACACUGGCAGCUACAACCACAAGGCCCUGCAACUGCACUGCUCGUCCUACCCAGCACUCACUGACGCGUGUCAGUACUCCUCCAUAGACGGCUUCCCUAGUGAUGGUAAAUCAGAGGCGGAAUCCAGUGAGCUCAGUGACUCGUGCAUAACAAUGCAGGAUGGCAAGGUCACUGCCUUCAGACCUGUGAUGAAGAGGUGAGGAAGAAUGGUUGAGACGCAGCCAAAAAACACUGGGACGUUUAUAUAAUUUCAAUUAUGCACUAAGGACCUGCGAUGACGACAAAGAAUGCUAGUGGCUGACCCGCUGAAAACUAGUGGAGUUUCACCGCCAUGAAAUCAGACACUCAUUCGCAACUGUGGAUGCAGCCAUAAUUUUGCACAAUGUUAUUAUAUGGUGUUGACGAAUUUAUGCAAAAUUUAAAAAUGCAACACGUGAGAAAACUGUGUGGUGAUUUCCUAUGUCUGCACUUGGCAAUCGUAGGGUAGCAGUCUUAUUUGUUUAUUUAUUGUUUACUAUUCAUCUAUUUAUUUCGGUUCAUAUGUCCCCUAAAUGUUUUUUUGUUGUGUAGUAUGUUUCAUAUCUGUGAUCAUGUGCUAAAUGUGACAUGUUUUGCUUGUUUUGGGGAAAUGAUGUGUUGUUUAUUGUUGAUAUUUUUGUUGGCAAAAUCAAUGUGUGGUAUAUGUGUUGUCAAGAAGAAAAAUGUACAGUGUACUUUUCAGAUACAUUGUGAACAUAUAAUUUACGUGUUGUUCAUUUAUAAAAUAUUUUUUAAGAAUG